GGAUUGUUUAUUUUUUUUCAAUUACCUUAUUUUGGUUUUUUUUUGCAGGUUUUUCUCUGUGGAGGUGCCGGGAUGGGAAAUUCGCCGCUCCAGUAAUCACCAGCGAGCGCCCCUGGCCAUGUCCACCAAGGCGCCAAUCUACCUGAAGCGGGGUAGCCGCAAGGGGAAGCGCGCCAAGCUGCGUGAUGUGCUGUCCUGCGACAUGAUCAGCCCGCCGCUCGGCGACUUCCGCCACACCAUCCACGUUGGCAGCGGUGGCGAGGGCGACACCUUCGGCGACGUCUCCUUCCUCCGCGGCAAAUUCCACCUCCUGCCCCGUGCCGAGACCACCAGCGCCUCAUCCUUCCAAUUUGCCAGGACUUCCACCCUCGGGGAGCGUCCGGCCUCAGAGGCGGCCUCACCGUUGCUCAAAAACGCCGUUUCUUUACCCAUUCUGGGCACCCCGCAGGCGUUGAUGCUGCCGGUGGCACCGGCUCCUCCAAAACCGCCGCGGUUGCACCUCGAUGAGCGGGUUGGCUUGGAGGAGGAAAAGGAGGAAGAGCGGGGUGCCGAGCCCUUCCUCCCGCACGCCGGCUCCCUCCUCUCCCUCCACGUUGACUUGGGGCCGUCCAUCCUGGACGACGUCCUGCAAGUGAUGGAGAGGCAUCAAGCGGAGGGAUCGGUGCAGAUCUUGACCUGAAAGCAAGCAAGAACAGGAAAAGGGGAAAAAAAA